AUGUCCAUGGCUUACCAACAGAAGCUAACUGAGAAGCUCACCAUUUUUAACGACAGGGGGAGAGGGGUGCUUCUACGAAUGAACUACAUUCGAGUCGGUCUGUUGAGGAGAAUGGCAAGACUUUAGAAGCAGCAAAACGAAAAAAAGGAACUUGAAGGAAAGUAAGAGUAUUUUCUUCCUGAUUACAUUCAAAACUAUUGGCCCCUUUUUUGAUGGAGAUCUGUGUGGAUGGAAACACUGGGAUAGGAAAUGAUCAAUGUUUAACAUUCAAAAAUGUAAUGAUCUCUUUAAAUACAGUUAGCUUGGUGGCUGCUGGGGUAAGAAUAUAUAUUUUCUGAGUGUCGGCUUGUCUUGAAGAAGAAACCAGAGUGAUCUGGCAGCCACUCAGAGACCUCUGCUGCUGUUGUACAUGCACAAAGCCUCAGAUCUGCUAUUUACUGUGUCAGAAUGCUGAUCCCACUUUAUACUAAAUAAAGCCUUGCUUGUAAGGCUCCAUAAAUCUUUUCCUAGGCCUGUACAAUACAUAUCAGGAAAAUCUAAUAACAUUUUAUUCGUCACAUGCUACAGUGUGGACUAACAGUGAAAUGCGUACUUACGGGCCAUUCCCAAAAAUGCAGAGAGAAAGAUUAUAGAGAAAUAAUAGAAAAGUAAAACACGUAGUAAUGAAAGUAAAACUAGAUUCACAAUGAGUAACAAUAACUUGGCUAUAUACACAGGGCUACCAGUACCUAGUCGAUUGCAGGGGUACGAGGUAAUGGAGGUAGAUAUGUACAUAUAACUACGAAUAAAGUGACAGAUAAUAAACAGUAGCAGCAGCGUAUGUGAUGAGUCAAAAAAGUUAGCGCAAAAAGGGUCAAUGCAGAUAGUUAAAUAGUUAACCAAAUAGCUACUGUCGUAUCGAGUGAGUGGUGGCAAUUAUUGCUGAUGAACAAAAGGAGUCUGCUCAUACUGAACGUUGAUCAUAAGGUUUAUUCAGAUCAGAAGCUUCAGCAUGAGUGACAGGUGACAUGACACCCGGAGAGUGACGCCUCAGAAUGGCUGCUCGUUCUGACUUUCUUCUUCGUUUUCCCCCCUAUUUAUAAACACUGAUGCUCCCUCUUCUGGCCAAUCACCAGUCUCCCCUGUCUACAACACACUUCCUGUCUGUUAUAUGUGACGUUACACUAAAAACAUUCCCUCUUGAUACUAACAUAAACAACAUUCCAUUUCUUCAUGAAAAACAUUUAACACCAUCAUAAUCUUAAUACACUACACUACCUUGACUAACUAUUUAGCAGUCUUAUGGCUUGGGGAUAGAAGUUGUUCAGGGUCCUGUUGGUUCCAGACCAUAGAUUAGGGCCUAAUUAAUUCAUUUCCAUUGACUGAUUCCCUUAUAUGAACUGUAACUCAGUAAACUCUUUAAAAUUGUUGCAUGUUGAGUUUAUAUUUUUGUUCAGUGUAUUUAACUAACUAUUUAGCAGUCUUAUGGCUUGGGCGUAGAAGGUGUUCACGGUCCUUUUGGUUCCAGAGUUGGUGCAUCGGUGCCGCAUGCCGUGCGGUAGCAGAGAGAACAGUCUAUGACUUGGGUGGCUGGAGUCCUGGACAAUUUUUAGGGCCCUCCUCUUACACCGCCUGGUUCAGAGGUCCUGGAUGGCAGGGAGCUCAGCCCCAGUGGUUUACUGGGCUGUCCGCACUACCCCCUGAUGCCAAGCAGUUGCUAUACCAAACGGUGAUUCAUCCAGUCAAGAUGCACUCAAUGGUGCAGCUGUAAAACUUUUUGAGGAUCUGAGGGCACAUGCCAAAUCUUGUCAGGCGAUGUCGUGCCCUCUUCAUGACUGUGUUGGUGUGUUUGGACCAUGAUAGAUCCUUAGUGAUGUGGACAGCGAGGAAUUUGAAGCCCUCGACCCGCUCCACUACAGCAUGCUCAGCCCUCCAUUUCCUUUAGUCCACGAUCAGCGCCUUUGUCUUGCUGAUGUUGAGGAAGUGGUUGUUGUCCUGGCACCACACUGCCAGGUCUCUGACUUCCUCCCUAUAGGCUGUCUCAUCGUUGUCGGUGAUCAGGCCUACCACAAUUGUGUUGGCGGCAAACUUAAUGAUGGUAUUGGAGUCGUGCGCGGCCACUCAGUCAUGGGUGAACAGGGAGUACAGGAGGGGACUGAGCACGCACCCUGAGGGGCCCCCGUGUUGAGGAUCAGCAUGGCAAAUGUGUUGUUACCUACCCUCACCACCUGGGGCGGCCGUCAGGAAGUCCAGGCUUCAGUUGCAGUGGGAGGUGUUUAGUCCCAGGGUCCCUAGCUUAGUGAUGAGCUUGGAGGGCACUAUGGUGUUGAAUGCUGAGCUGUAGUAAAUGACCAGCAUUCUCACGUAGGUGUUCCUUUUGUCCAAGUGGGAAAGGUCAGUGUGGAGUGCAAUCGAGAUUGCGUAAUCUGUGGAUCUGUUGGGCGGUAUGUGAAUUAGAGUGGGUCCAGGGUUUCUGGGAUUAUGUUGUGGAUGUGAGACAUGACCAGCCUUUCCAAAAAUGUAAUGGCUACAGAUGUGAGUGCUAUGGGGCAUUAGUCAUUUAGAUAGUGUACCUUGGCGUUCUUGGGCACAGGGACUACGGUGGUCUGCUUGAAAUAUGUAGGUAUUACAGACUCAGGGUGUGACAGGUUGAAAAUGUCAGUGAAGACACUUGCCAGUUGGUCAGCGCAUACUCUGAGUACGCGUCCUGCUAAUCCGUCUGGCCCUGUGCCCUUGUGAAUGUUAACCUAUUUAAACCUGUCUUACUCACAUCGCCUAUCGUCGUCCGGAACAGGAGGCAAAUAAGCAAAUACGUUUAUACUAAAUUCACACAAGUGUUAGUUCAUUUCCUGAAUUGAGUGAAUCAAAAUGUCAUUGACCCCAACCCCACCGAGUUCUGUUCCAGACGUGCUCAGUUCUGUUCCAAGCUUCGGCCACAAUACCUGAUGGACAAGACCAUGGAAGCGUCUGUCAAAUACAUCAGGUGAUGACCACCAUGUCCAGUUACUAUGACUCAUUCAUAGACGUCAUGGAGUUCAGGGUGAGUCUUUCUAUACCAGUGUUUCCCAAACCUCCAUGCCAAUAGCCCCAGCCAGGUCCACUUAUUUAAUAAAUGCAAAGCUUUCCUCUAAGUGUCUUUCUCCAGUGUUUCCCAAACUCUCUUCCAGUAACCCCAGCCAGGUCCACUUAUUUUAUGUAUUGCAUGUCAACUAAUCAUCAAGCACUUCAUUAGUUGAAUCAGCAGUGCAAGUUCUGGAAUAAAUAAAAUAUGAGGAACUGUUUCAUUCAGAUAUUACUGCAUUGGUAUUCAAAGCACAAAACACAAAUUAUCCAAACUGGAUUAACAUAUAAAGUGAUAUUUUUUCCUCCCCCAACUUAAAUAAUAUGCUUUUCAAGGGGAGUCAAAUUGAUUGAUUUUAUUGUACAGAGGAAAUUGUGUCCUGUGCCUCAGGCGUAUUCAUUAUGUGUGAUGAAGGUCACAGUAUGGGAUAUACAUUGUAGGGAGGUCAUGCAAUAAUAAAGAGUUUAUUAUGAUGAUAAUACUGUCACACCCUGAUCUGUUUCACCUGUCUUUGUGAUUGUCUCCACCCCCCUCCAGGUGUUGCCCAUCUUCCCCAUUAUCCCCAGUGUAUUUAUACCUGUGUUCUCUGUUUGUCUGUUGCCAGUUCGUUUUGUUUCGUCAAGCCUACCAGUGGUUUUUCCCUUGCUCCUGUCUUUCUCAAGUUCCUGUUUUCUAGUUUUCCCGGUUUUGACCAUUCUGCCUGCCCUGACCCUGAGCCUGCCUGCCGUUCUGUACCUAGUCACACCACCCUGGAUUAUUGACCUCUGCCUGCCCAGACACUGCCACCUUUUGGAAUCUGAUCUCGAUUACUGACCUCUGCCUGCCAUUGAUCUGUUGUUUGCCUGCCCCCUGUUUUUGUAAUAAACAUGUGUUACUUCGACAUUGUUUGCAUCUGGGUCUUCUCCUGAAACGUGAUAAAUACAAUAAAAUACUACACAUCAAUUUGUCACCCAAUUUCAGAAUAGAAAAUAGAAAAAUAUCUUAAUGAUGAUACAACAAAAAAAAAAAAAUAAUACACUCCGACGUUUAACCCAAUUUCUUUGGAUAGGCUGUGGCAUUUCUAUAAGGCCUGUAUAAUCCAAAACUCUAUGAGGAUAGCCAUGGCUAGCAGGUGUUUAUUCCCUAUGGCCCUCUGUACUGUUCCACUGCAUUAUUUGACAUCCGCAUUGUUACAGAGCAACAUGAACGCAUCAACCAACUGCAUUAUUUGACGUCUGUAUUGUUACAUAGCAACAUGAAUUCAUCAACCCACUGCAUUAUUUGACGUCUGUAUUGUUACAGAGCAACAUGAACACAUCAACCAACUGCAUUAUUUGACGUCUGUAUUGUUACAUAGCAACAUGAAUUCAUCAACCCACUGCAUUAUUUGACGUCUGUAUUGUUACAGAGCAACAUGAAUUCAUCAACCCACUGCAUUAUUUGACGUCUGUAUUGUUACAGAGCAACAUGAACGCAUCAACCCACUGAAUUAUUUGACAUCUGUAUUGUUACAGAGCAACAUGAAUGCAUCAACCCACUGCAUUAUUUGACGUCUGUAUUGUGAGUGCAGCAUUCCACAAUAGUGGUUUUACCCCUUAGGGCCACCGUAGGUGUCACACAGCACAUGAUAACUAAUUUACAAGUUGUCAUGUUAACCUACUUUUUAACCUGCAUCAUUCAUUAAUUCAGUAAUUCAUUAAUUCACUCACUCAUUCAUCCAUUCCUUCAGUAAUUCAUUAAUUCACUCACUCAUUAAUUCAGUAAUUCAUUAAUUCAUUCAUCAGGCGAUGAACUUUGACUUCACCAACACCUACCUGGAGCUCAUCGUCACCUACACGUCCAUCAUCGUCAUGUUGUUACGUAUUGAUGACAUGAAGGUCCUGGUGUCCAUGUACAACUGUGCUCACGAGAUGCCCAACGGAAACAGGUAAGACCGGUCACAUCUAUCAACUAUUCAAAUACAGUCGAUUCAGGAAGGGAUUAGGAAUACAAAUUCAAGAAUAGAAUGGAAACAAUCCUCAUUGAAAAUUACCGAGCUUCUAUUCAAUACAUCUUUCAUUGACAUUUCUGAACAGACAAUGAAUUAAUGUAUUUUCAUAUGCAAAUACAUAACCAGAUCACAUGCUCACACUGCAAGCUCAUUUCACUCUCAAUUCAAUUCAUGCCAGGAAUAAUCGGACAUGGGCUUUUUCCACUCAUUCAAUGGAGGAUGACAUUUAAAUAUCAAUUCAUGAUUUAAACAAAUCUGAUGUUCUCAUCAUUCAGUGGAGGAUGUCAUUAGCGUAGGCUAAGCAACUGCCCAGUCACGAUAACUUGACUCCUCUUAGCCAUUAAUGUAGCCACGCCAUCUCAAAGAUGAUUACCCAUUAAUUGCACACAGUUGUCUCCUCAACUAAUAACUGGUUAAUUAACAAGUAACAACACAUCUUUCCCUUCCUGUCCAGCCUUUCCCAGAGUGAAAAGCAGUACACUGACAUUUUGAGUCCUCCCAUUUCACGCCAUAUUCAUUUAUAUCGCCAAAAUGGCAGGAGGAAGUUUAUCUUGAUCGAAGACGCUGUGGAGGAGGAAAUACAAUAAGGAACAAAGAAAUGGAAUGUCACAGCAAUUUUCCACCAGUCCCUACAUAAUACGCAUCAGUGGCUUGGAGAUAGUGCGCUACUUUUGAUCAAGCUGAUGGAGUUUAGAAGGAGAGAGAGUGCUUGAUGAUGCCUCUUCUUCAUCUCCUGUUCAAAAAGUGAUAAGUAAUGACACUUGAAAGAAUGGGGGGAAUCUGAUUGACUUUUUUUGUGUGGGUGAUGCCACCACAUGAUACUGCUGUUUGUAUGAGUUAGUAUGGUACAUGACAGUGGUAUGAGUAUACAUGCAUGAAUGUGUGGUUGAUUGACUAAGUCAUGCGUGAUUAAUUGAUUGAUCCUCAAGUGACCCUGCGUAUCCCUGCCUGGCUCAGAUGUUUCUGGAGUAUGAUCAGCCCAUGAAGAAACUCACUGAGGAGUUUGGCGCUCACACUAAGGUAAUGUCAACUGUAUAUUCACUAGGGUAUAUUGACUAAAGUAUAUCCACUAGGGUAUAUUCACUAAGGUAUAUUCACUAGUGUAUAUUACCUAAGGUAUAUUCACUAAGGUCUAUUCACUAAGGUAUAUUCACUAGGGUAUAUUCACUAGGGUAUAUUCACUAGGGCACAUUCACUAUGGUAUAUUCACUAAGGUAUAUUCACUAAGGUAUAUUCACUAGGGUAUUUUCACUAGGGUAUAUUCACGAGGGUAUAUUCACUAGGGUAUAUUCACUAAGUUAUAUUCACUAAGGUAAUGUCAACUUUACAUUCACUAGGGUAUAUUCACUAGGGUAUAUUCAUUAGGGUAAAUUCACUAGGGUAUAUUCACUAGCCUAUAUUCACUAAGGUAAAUUCACUAGGGUAUAUUCACUAGGGCAUAUUCAUUAAGGUAUAUUCACUAGAGUAUAUUCACUAAGGUAUAUUCACUAGGGUAAUGUCAACUGUACAUUCACUAGGGUAUAUUCACUAGGGUAUAUUCAUUAGGGUAAAUUCACUAGGGUAUAUUCACUAGGGCAUUUUCACUGGGGCAUAUUCACUAGGACAUAUUCAUUAAGGUACAUUCACUAGGGUAUAUUCACUAGGGUAUAUUCACUAGGGUAUAUUCACUAGGGUAUAUUCACUAGGGUAUAUUUACUAGGGUAUAUUCACUAAGGUAUAUUUACUAGGAUAUAUUCACUAUUGUAUAUUCACUAAGGUAUAUUAACUAUUGUAUAUUCACUAGGGUAAUGUCAACUGUAUAUUGAAAAUGGCUGUAAAUAUUAGAGUGGGUCAUUAUUCCUGAAAAUCAAUGGAGUUCAUGAUUUUUACUGCUGUUCGGCCUAACAACACUGUUAUGGAAAUUUAUUACAGUAAAAAAUUGAACUCUACCCAUCUCUCCCUCUCUCUCGCUCCCACCCUUUCCCUCCCACCCAAUCCCUCCUUCUCCAACCCUCUCCCCCCCUCUCCCCCCCUCCCCCCUCCCCCCCCUCCAACCCUCUCCCCCUCUCCCCCCUCUCCCCCCUCUCCCCCUCUCCAACCCUCUCCCCCUCUCCCCACUCUCCCCCUCUCCAACCCUCUCCAACCCUCUCCCCCCAUUUUCUCUUCGUAUCUUCUGCUCUGCUCUGCUCUGUUCUGCUCUGUUCUGCUCUGUUCUGCUCUGCUCUACUCUGUUCUGCUCUGCUCUGUUCUACUCUCUUCUGCUCUGUUCUGCUCUGUUCUGUUAUGCUCAGUUCUGCUCAGUUCUGUUCUGCUCUGCUCUGCUCUGCUCUGUUCUGCUCUGCUCUGUUCUGUUCUGUUCUGCUCUCUUCUCUUCUCUUCUCUUCUCUUUUCCUAUUUUAUUUUCCUCUCCUCUUAUCUCCUCUCCUCCUCUCUUACCUGCCCUACCAUGUCCUGCCUGCUGAUUUUCAAAGGCAGCGACUGGAGUCUUUGAAGCACCAUUGCGCUCUAUGUUCACUGUUAGUCUCUGGGCCCUGUGGCUCUCUACAUGUUAGUCUCUGGGCCCUGUGGCCUCUCUACAUGUUAGUCUCUGGGACCAUGUGGCUCUCUAACAUGUAGUCUCUGGCCCUGUGGCCUCUCUACAUGUUAGUCUCUGGGCCCUGUGGCUCUCUACAUGUUAGUCUCUGGGCCCUGUGGCCUCUCUACAUGUUAGUCUCUGGGCCCUGUGGCUCUCUACAUGUUAGUCUCUGGGCCCUGUGGCUCUCUACAUGUUAGUCUCUGGGCCCUGUGGCCUCUAAUGUUAGUCUCUGGGCCCUGUGGCCUCUACAUGUUAGUCUCUGGGCCCUGUGGCUCCUAAUGUUAGUCUCUGGGCCCUGUGCUCUCUACAUGUGUUUGGUUCAUCUGGGCCCUGUGGCUCUCUACAUGUUAGUCUCUGGGCCCUGUGGCCUCUCUACAUGUUAGUCUCUGGGCCCUGUGGCUCUCUACGUGUUAGUCUCUGGGCCCUGUGGCUCUCUACAUGUUUGUCUCUGGGCCCUGUGGCCUCUACAUGUUAGUCUCUGGGCCCUGUGGCUCUCUACAUGUUAGUCUCUGGGCCCUGUGGCUCUCUACAUGUUAGUCUCUGGGCCCUGUGGCUCUCUACAUGUUAGUCUCUGGGCCCUGUGGCUCUCUACAUGUUAGUCUCUGGGCCUGUGGCUCUCUAAUGUUAGUCUCUGGGCCCUGUGGCUCUCUACAUGUUAGUCUCUGGGCCCUGUGGCUCUCUACAUGUUAGUCUCUGGGCCCUGUGGCUCUCUACAUGUUAGUCUCUGGGCCCUGUGGCUCUCUACAUGUUAGUCUCUGGGCCCUGUGGCUCUCUACAUGUUAGUCUCUGGGCCCUGUGGCUCUCUACAUGUUAGUCUCUGGGCCCUGUGGCUCUCUACAUGUUAGUCUCUGGGCCCUGUGGCUCUCUACAUGUUAGUCUCUGGGCCCUGUGGCUCUCUACAUGUUAGUCCCUGGGCCCUGUGGCCUCUCUACAUGUUAGUCUCUGGGCCCUGUGGCCUCUCUACAUGUUAUUCUAUGGACCCUGUGGCUCUCUACAUGUUAGUCUCUGGGCCCUGUGGCUCUCUACAUGUUAGUCUCUGGGCCCUGUGGCUCUCUACAUGUUAGUCACUAUGUCCUCUCCUCUCCUCUCCUCUCCUCUCCUCUCCUCUCCUCUCCUCUCCUCUCCUCUCCUCUCCUCUUCCUCUCCUAUCAAUUCAAUUCAAUUCAAUUUAAGGGUUUAUUGGCAUGGGAAACGUAUGUUAACAUUGCCAAAGCAAAUGAAAUAGAUAAUAAACAAAAGUGAAAUAAACAAUAAAUAUUAACAGUAAACAUUACACUCAGAAGUUCCAAAAUAAUAAAAUACAUUUCAAAUGUCAUAUUAUGUAUAUUAUGUACAAAUACAGUGUUGUAACAAUGUGCAAAUAGUUAAAGUACAAAUGGGCAAAUAAAUAAACAUAAAUAUGGGUUGUAUUUACAAUGGUGUUUGUUCUUCACUGGUUGCCCUUUUCUUGUGGCAACAGGUCACAAAUCUUGCAGCUGUGAUGGCACACAUUGUGGUUUUUCACCCAGUAGAUAGGGGAGUUUAUCAAAAUUGGGUUUGUUUUCAAAAUUCUUUGUGGAUCGCUGUAAUCUGAGGGAAAUAUGUGUCUCUAAUAUGGUCAUACCUAUGCUCACUGAGUCUUUACAUAGUCAAAGCUUUCUCCAAGUUAAUCUCUCUGUAGGUGAUGGCUUUGUUAUGGAAGGUUUGGGAAUCGCUUCCUAUUAAGUGGUUAUAGAAUUUAACGGCUCUUUUCUGGAUUUUGAUAAUUAGCGGGUAUUGGCCUAAUUCUGCUCUGUAUGCAUUAUUUGGUGUUUUUCAUUGUACAUGGAGGAUAUUUUUGCAGAAUUCUGCAUGCAGAGUCUCAAUUUGGUGUUUGUCCCAUUUUGUGAAUUCUUGGUUGGUGAGCGGACCCCAGACCUCACAACCAUAAAGGGCAAUGGGUUCUAUAACUGAUUCAAGUAUUUUUAGCCAGAUCCUAAUUGGUAUGUCAAAUUUUAUGUUCCUUUUGAUGGCAUUGAAGGCCCUUCUUGCCUUGUCUCUCAGAUCGUUCACAGCUUUGUGGAAGUUAUCUGUGGCGCUGAUGUUUAGGCCGAGGUAUGUAUAGUUUUUUGUGUGCUCUAGGGCAACGGUGUCUAGAUGGAAUUUGUAUUUGUGGUCCUGGCAACUGGACCUUUUUUGGAACACCAUUAUUUUUGUCUUACUGAGAUUUACUGUCAGGGCCCAGGUCUGACAGAAUCUGUGCAGAAGAUCUAGGUGCUGCUGUAGGCCCUCCUUGGUUGGUGACAGAAACACCAGAUCAUCAGCAAACAGUAGACAUUUGACUUCAGAUUCUAGUAGGGUGAGGCCAAAUUGAGUCAAAAGCUUUUUUGAAAUCAACAAAGCAUGAGAAGACUUUGCCUUUGUUUUGGUUUGUUUGUUUGUCAAUUUUCUCCUCCUCUCCUCUCCUCUCCUCUCCUCUCCUCUCCUCUCCUCUCCUCUCCUCUCCUCUCCUCUCCUCUCCUCUCCUCUCCUCUCCUCUCCUCUCCUCUCCUCUCCUCUCCUCUCCUCUCCUCUAAUCUAAUCUAAUCUAAUCUAAUCUAAUGUAAUCUAAUCUCUCCUCUCCUCUCUAGUGGGUUUCCUGCUGCAUCACAGCAGUCUGAACACAAACCAGUCGUCUCAGGAGCUGUGGAAGACGGCCCUCUGCAGCGGCCUGUAUCUCAACAUCAUCAGGGAUGAGACACUUAACAUCCACAAGGUCUGACAGGGUUUGACAUUAGUAUGCCAUAUACAGUAUAUUAGGUCCUCUGAGUGAUGUGACUGGGACUCAAGGUGAUUUUAUUCUGGGCAUGGUUUCCCAUUAGUGAUGGCAAAGGUUUUGGUGAACAGUUUUAACCAUGUUCCUACGAAGGUUUUAAUGCACCAAAAUGUUAUUGGGACACAAGGCCCUGUCUUGUAUUGUACUGUGUUGUAUUAAAUACAUCUUACAUCUUACUGCUGACAAUAUAUUCAGUUUCCUGUCAGGUGUAGUAAGCGUGUUGCCAACAUCAAAGAAUGCAGGGAGCAUGCCCUAGUCAACAGGUGAGUUCUUUAGCAUCUGUAUAAAACCCUCUAAGAGCAUGUCGCACAGCCCCUCAAACUGAGCCUGACCGUAAAGCCCAGCUUUCACAUAGCAGGGAACGAAACAGGGAUGGGCUGUGCAUUUGACACAAGGUGGAAGUCUUUUUCAUGGUCCUUCGAGCCAGAUUUGGAUCAGCAGCCAGCGCAACCAUGUGCUUAACUGUUAAAAACAAGUGUGUCCACUUUCUAAUGAGAACGUUGACUAGAGCUGUGUGUGUGUUUUUUGCCAUGUCUAUGUAAGUGGUGCGAUGCACGGAGAGAGAAGAGGUUUCCUGAGGAAUGCCUUGAAGGAACUGGUCAAAGUCCUGGAGGAUGAACCUGGACUCCUGGGACUCAAGGUAAACAACACUCACUCACACAUUCACUUAAUCUGGCUAAUAAUGCCAAUCUAUUGCAUGUUCAGCUUCCCUGUACAUUUGAAUAUGAUCAUAUUCUAUUCUUUAAUUAUGUAUUUACACUUUUAGCAUCAACCUCUUAUUCUGUACUAUAAUAGACACAGACAGAGAGCUCUGAAAGAAACACAGGCCAGUGUCUCUCUCUCUCUCUCUCUCUCUCUCUCUCUCUCUCUCUCUCUCUCUCUCUCUCUCUCUCUCUCUCAAGGGCUUUAUUGGCAUGGGAAACGUAUGUUAACAUUGCCAAAGCAAGUGAAGUAGAUAGUAAACAAAAGUGAAAGAAACAAUAAAUAUUAACAGUAAACAUUACACUCAGAAGUUCCAAAAGAAUAAAGACAUUUCAAAUGUCAUAUUAUGUAUAUAUACACUCACUCUCUCUCUCCCUCCAUCCUUCCCUCUCUCUCUGUCAAUCCGUCCCCAAGGCAUUGUUUGUCUUCAUGGCUCUGUCGUUUUCCCGUGACGAGGUUCUGUGGCUCGUCAGACAUUCUGACAAUAUCCCCAGGAUCAAGACCCCAGAGGACUACAUAGACUCGUAA